AAAAAAAAAAAAAAGUUAGAAUAACAGAGAAAAAAAACAAAAAGAUACCCAUAUAAUGGAUUAUUUAUACCAAUUAUUUUGUAUACCGAAACCACCAACACUUGGGAUUCAUGAUCUAAAGAAAGGGAACUUUAACCAGUUUCUGGAUACAUCUAUGAGAUCAGCAGAAAGUAUUCAAAAAGAUACUGAACUACAAGCAGAUGCAACUAAAGAGAUUUCAAGAUUAAUUGCCUCUAAGAGUCAUAGUGCCUCAAAUACUUUACGUACAAUUAAUACUAUGUUUGAGAGUGCCUCUAAAGUCUGUCAUUUGGACCGUGAGCGUGCCUUGAUUGAAUGGCUUCAGGUCUGUGUGUCCACUGCUGUUAAAUUUGGGUUAUCAUCAAACUCCGUACAAGAUUUAUAUGCUUAUUAUUCGGAAAAGCCGCUUCCUGUCAAUCCGACUACUGCAGAGAGUGAUAAAAGCAAGAAUAUCAAAAAGCAACCUAAAAAGAAAGUGGCUGAAUAUGAGUAUUGUGAAGCCGAAAUCUCUUCGGAUGAGGAUGGUGGUAAUCGUUAUGAAUUCAUUGGAAGCUCAGACGAUGAUUAUGUUCCAACUGAUCAAGAUGAUCUAAUCGUUCCUUCAGGAAGGAAACCUAACACUAGAAAAUCGAAUACCGCUAGUACAGUAAUUGAAGUUCAAAAGACGACAGCUCCUAAAAAGAAGGCACAAACGAGAAAGAAAAAGAAUGAAGAUCAAUUAGUUCCUACCUCCGGUUCAAAGGUAUCUAAGGAAGCUAUCCUCCCCGUUCUAAAAGAAGGUGCAGGACCAAAGGCAGUACAGAAAUAUUUUGUAAAUCUUGAUACAAAAGAGAUUGGACUUACUUCGCCUGCUUUAUCCGUUUUAUCUAAUGGAUAUUUUGCAAGAGCUUUCUUCUUUCCAUCUAAAGAUAGUUUCAAUGCAUUCAUAUCUGUAUUAAACUCGGCAAUAAAAACAAUUGAUAUAUGUGUGUAUGCAUUUACAGAUGAUGAUGUGGCGAAUGCGUUGAUUGCUGCCAAAAAAAGAGGCGUAUCUAUUAAAAUUAUUACAGACAAUCAACAAGCAGCUGGUAAGGGUGCUGAUGCAAAGAGAUUACAAGAGGCAUAUAAUAUUCCGUACAAGACAGAUAGAUCUUCUGGGUAUAUGCAUAAUAAAUUUGCUAUCAUAGAUAGUACCACUCUUAUUAAUGGCAGUUUCAAUUGGUCGAAAGGUGCACGGUUCAAGAACAGAGAAAAUAUCCUUAUUACAAAUAUACCUAUCUGUAUCAAAGAAUUUCAAAAACAAUUUGAUGCUCUAUGGGAAGAGUUUUAAAUAUGUUUAAAUAUAAUACAGGUAUAAUAAUAGAGUCUAAACUUACAAUUAAUGCAGCUAAAAUGUUUAAUAAGCAACUAAUAAAUAUUAUAAUAUUACUUUGUAU